AAUUUCGAUUUUCUCAUUCACCAAUUUAGUUUGGUGUGGGUAAUUCAACAGGGAACAGUGGCGUGUGUCGGACUUUAUCGAAAAAAACGCGUGUGAAUGUGUAUGUGGACUUUGCAGCUAACAACAAAUAGUAAGACAAUUAUUUCAACCACCAAGCAAAGAAAUUAAUCCAACUCACACACCACAUUAAUCAUGUUGAUAAGGCUGAUAGCGAAAAAUUCGCGCCUACCGAGCAGCGCAACUUUCAAUUUAGCGACCAAAAGCAGCUGUCACUAUUCCACAGAAUACAAACCAAUUAGGAGCGUUUUGGUUGCCAACAGAGGAGAAAUUGCCGUGAGAGUUUUCAGGGCUUGUAAUGAGCUCGGCAUCAAAUCCGUUGCUAUUUACUCGAAGGAGGAUAGAGGGCAUAUCCAUCGGCUCAAAGCUGACGAAUCUUAUUUGGUAGGUGAAGGAUUAGCUCCAGUCGAAGCCUAUUUGAACAUUCCCGAAAUUGUGAAAAUUUGUAAGGACCAUGGCAUCGAUGCCGUUCAUCCCGGUUACGGGUUCCUUUCGGAACGAGCCGAUUUCGCCCAAGCCGUUAUCGAUGCAGGAUUGCGAUUCAUUGGUCCAUCUCCAAAGGUCGUCCACCAAAUGGGUGAUAAAGUAGCAGCCAGAGAAGCUGCUAUCGCCGCUGGAGUACCAAUAGUACCAGGAACAGAUGGACCUGUCACAAGUGUGGCACAAGCUGUGGACUUUUGUAAAAAACAUGGAUUGCCUGUGAUAUUUAAAGCCGCAUAUGGAGGUGGUGGUAGAGGUAUGAGAGUGGUAACCAGCAUGGAUAAAGUAGAAGAAAGUUUCAAACGUGCUUCAUCAGAAGCCUUGGCUGCUUUCGGUAAUGGAGCUAUGUUUAUUGAGAGAUAUAUUGAAAGGCCUAGACAUAUUGAAGUGCAAUUACUUGGUGACAAAGCUGGAAACGUAGUCCAUCUCUACGAAAGAGACUGUUCAGUACAGCGAAGACAUCAGAAAGUCGUAGAAAUGGCCCCGGCGCCUCAUCUAGACCCCAAAGUCAGGGACGCUAUGACAACAAUGGCCGUGAAGUUGGCUAAACAUGUCGGCUACGAGAACGCAGGAACCGUAGAGUUCUUGGCCGAUCCUCAAGGCAACUUUUUCUUUAUCGAAGUCAAUGCUAGAUUACAAGUAGAACAUACCGUAACUGAAGAAAUUACUGGAAUCGAUUUGGUGCAAAGUCAAAUUAGGGUAGCUGAAGGUAUGACGUUACCGGAAUUGGGAAUUACACAAGAAACUAUUAAACCAAAUGGUUUCGCUAUUCAAUGUCGUGUCACCACCGAAGACCCAGCCAAAAAUUUCCAGCCCGAUACUGGCAGGAUAGAGGUAUACCGUUCUGGAGAAGGUAUGGGUAUCCGUCUCGAUGGAGCUUCUGGAUUCGCCGGAGCAAUCAUUUCUCCAUACUACGACUCGUUGCUUGUUAAAGUCAUUGCCCAUUCGCAGGACUUGCAUAGCGCCUGCGCUAAAAUGAACAGAGCUCUUCGUGAAUUCCGUAUAAGAGGCGUGAAAACCAACAUUCCCUUCCUUGUCAACGUAAUCGAAAACCAAAAGUUUGUCAACGGUGCCGUGGACACUUAUUUCAUCGAUGAAAAUCCGCAACUUUUCCAAAUGAUGCCGUCGCAAAACAGAGCUCAAAAAUUGCUGGUCUAUUUGGCUCAAGUAUUGGUCAACGGUCCUCAGACUCCUUUGGCUACCAAACUGAAACCUGCCGAAGUUAAGCCUCAGGUACCGAAAACAUCGUUAGAAUACCAGUCCUACACGCCCCAGCAAAAAGCCGAAGUCCAGCCUCCAAGAGGAUUCCGUCAAAUCUACAAAGAACAAGGCCCGGAGGCUUUCGCCAAGGCCGUACGCAACCACAAAGGCCUUUUACUUAUGGACACCACAUUCCGUGACGCUCAUCAAUCUUUAUUGGCGACAAGAGUGCGCACGCACGAUUUACUUAAAAUUUCGCCAUUCGUCACUCACAAUUUUAGCCAGUUGUACUCGAUGGAAAACUGGGGUGGAGCCACUUUCGAUGUUUCGUUGAGAUUCUUGCACGAAUGCCCCUGGGAACGUUUGGAAGAAAUGAGAAAACUCAUACCAAAUAUUCCGUUCCAGAUGUUGUUGAGAGGCGCCAAUGCUGUCGGCUACACCAAUUAUCCAGACAACGUCGUUUUUAAAUUUUGCGAACUGGCAGUGCAAACUGGCAUGGACGUGUUCAGAGUUUUCGACUCGUUGAACUACUUGCCGAAUUUGAUUCUGGGCAUGGAGGCUGCCGGUAAGGCUGGAGGUAUUGUUGAAGCUGCAAUUUCGUAUUCGGGAGACGUUAGCAAUCCGAACAAAAAGAAAUACGAUUUGAAGUAUUACUUGAAUAUUGCCGACGAACUCGUCAAAGCUGGCACGCAUGUUUUGUGUAUUAAGGAUAUGGCUGGAUUAUUGAAACCUACUGCUGCUAAAAUGCUGGUUACAGCUCUCCGCGACAAAUUCCCCGAAAUCCCAAUUCAUAUUCACACCCACGACACUAGCGGCGCUGGCGUAGCUUCGAUGCUGGCUUGUGCCGAAGCUGGAGCUGACGUAGUCGAUGUCGCUGUCGACGCUAUGUCCGGAAUGACUUCUCAGCCAAGUAUGGGCGCUAUUGUUGCCAGUUUGCAAGGCACACCUUUGGACACCAAGCUCCAACUACCUCAAGUCAGUGAAUAUUCGGCCUACUGGGAACAAACUCGUACUUUGUACGCUCCAUUCGAAUGUACUACGACUAUGAAGAGUGGAAAUGCCGAUGUUUACAAUAAUGAAAUUCCCGGAGGGCAAUAUACCAACUUGCAAUUCCAAGCGUACUCGCUCGGCUUGGGCGAUUUCUUUGAGGACGUCAAAAAAGCUUAUGCUCAAGCUAACGAGCUUUUGGGUGAUAUUAUUAAAGUAACACCAUCAUCUAAAGUGGUUGGAGACUUAGCUCAAUUUAUGGUACAAAAUAAAUUGCAACCGCAAGAUGUUUUGGAAAAGGCUGAAGAAUUAUCGUUCCCUAAAUCUGUGGUGGAAUAUUUACAAGGAGCAAUUGGACAACCCUACGGAGGAUUCCCUGAACCUCUAAGAUCAAAGGUCCUCAGAGAUAUGCCACGUAUUGAAGGUAGACCUGGAGCCAGCUUACCAUCUUUGGACUUCAAAAAGCUCCAAGAAGACCUAAAAGAAAUCUCACCGUCAAUUAACGAACGCGACGUCAUGAGCGCUGCCCUUUAUCCUCAAGUAACCAAAGACUAUUUGAUUUUCCGUGAUACUUACGGCCCAGUAGACAAACUAGACACCAGAAUAUUUUUGACUGGACCCAAAGUAGGUGAAGAAUUCGAGUGUACCAUUGACAAAGGUAAAACUUUGGGCAUUAAAACUCUUGCCAUGGCCGAGGAUUUGACUGAAAACGGAGAAAGGGAAGUGUUCUUCGAGCUGAACGGCACUUUACGUUCAGUGUUUAUCAAGGACAAGGAAGGCACUAAGGAUAUAGUGUUCCAUCCGAAAGCCGAAAAGGGUAACAAGAGUCAUGUUGGUGCUCCAAUGCCUGGCACUGUGAUUGAUAUUAGAGUAAAGGAAGGUGACAAAAUCGAAAAAGGCCACCCCGUAGUGAUUUUAUCUGCCAUGAAAAUGGAAACUGUGGUACAAAGUCCAGUUGCCGGUACUAUUAAGACUGUCAACGCUAGUAUGGGCAUGAAACUCGAAGCUGAAGACUUACUGAUAAUUGUUGAAUGAAUGAAUUAAGCAUCAAAAUAACAGGCUGUGCACAAAGCAUAUUUUUUUGUUUGUUUAAUACAGGGUAGUUAUUUUUGUGCAUAAAUUGUUUAAAAUCCUCGACUUUAUAGGUCGAAUCUCUACUUACCUACAUUUAGGCAGCCAGGAGAAUUUUUUUUUCAAAUACAUAGUACAGUAGCUUUAUGUAUGUAUAUUGUUUUAAAUAUAAUUAUUAUUGUUAUGUUUAUUACGAAACCAUUUUACAUAAGUAUAUUUUUUACACAAUAA